AUGUGGAAAUUUAUACUAUGGAACGUACUGGCGAUAGCCUUGUUGAAAGGCGGCAAUGCAGAAUUUUCGGACGUUUUCGACGAGGAAAUGUUUGUAAAACCGCUGUCGGAUAAAUUUGUCUAUAGCUACUUUCAAUUCACGACACGAUGGGAACUGGGCAAGAACGAUAGCCUGCUUCAUACGAAUCUGGUAUCGCGUCCAUUAGCCGAAUUAUUCUAUCACUUCGGUGUUCAGGAGCUGCACCUUAGCUUCACGUACGGUUUGUGGCGAUACGAAUCUUGGGGCUAUCCGGUAACCGAUGCCGGACCAGGAGCAGAAGUAUGGGCAUGGUUCGAACCAACGUCCGACCGUGCGUCUAUUGACCACCGUUGGAAAAUGCUCUGCGGUACACUUUCGGGCCUGUUUUGUGCAUCGUUGAGCUUUAUCGAUCCAAGUAAUACGUACGAGCCGGCCUAUACAUUGAGACCGCAAACACAUCACUUUCCGGGACAGUCGGCACCAAUCCUUCGCUAUGCAGCUUUACCCCGUGAAAUUGUGUGCACGGAGAAUUUGACACCCUGGGCAAAGCUGUUACCGUGUCGUUCGCGGGAAGGUUUGGUGUCACUGCUCGUGCCCGACAGCAUUUACGCAAGCAAUUAUCAUUCGCUCGGUGUACACAUGCGGAAACUUUGUGCCGAUGCGGAAUGUAGCGAAUUUCAGCUGGAGGUAAAACAGACUGUUAGCGUGGUGCAGGAUCUAAGGCUAUUUGGCGGUACGAAUUGGUCACUGCGUAAGCUAUUCGGACAGGGGAUGGAAGGUUCGUGUGCUUUAGCAACGACCAGCAACGUGUACAUCGACGUGACAGACAACAAUGGCAUCGAAGUGUCACAGAAGCCGGACGAAACGAUUCUCUCGGUACGUGGAGGCACACGCACCGAACUUCAACGGUUCGAUGUAAAGCAGUUUGAAGCUGUCAUGGCUAAGGGUCGCCGGGCAAUGUUCAACGUGGCCGUAAUGGACAAACGUGAUCCAAAUGUUAUUGUAGUAGCUGGACCACCGCCAAUUUUUGCCAAACGAUUCAUCCUGGGCGUCGGGCAGGAGCGGGGCAAAAUCGUAACGCACAUCACGAACGCCCACUGGGGAGCGCUGGAUUUGAUCGUGUUCGAAACAAUUCCCUGGUUUGUACCGAUUUAUCUGCACACACUUACCAUCCGUCAUGGAGGAGUACGCAUCGAACCUGCCUUCCUGCAUUACACGCCCGGUGUACAGCGAGAGCGUCCUUACGGGCUGGAAGUAGCGUUCCGCAUUCCGGCUCGAGCCACCGUCGAGCUUUCGAUCGAUUUUGAUUACAUUUUUCUCAAGUGGCAAGAGUACCCGCCCGAUGCAAACCACGGUCACUACAUUCCAUCGUCGAUCAUCUCUCUGUUGUUGCCCUCCGCUCGCAAUUACACGUCCAUUCCACGUGAAGCAGCUCUCUUCCGCGACUCGUUCAACGCCACACAGUUGGCGGGAUAUUUUCUACAGAUACGUACCGAAUCGUUGCUACUGACGCUUCCAACGCCAGAUUUCAGCAUGCCGUACAAUGUGAUUUGUUUGGCCUGUACCGUGGUGGCGCUAGCCUUCGGUCCAAUACACAACAUCUCGACCAAGCGGAUCGUUGCAAAGGGCAAAGAAGCGUCCAAGACAUCGCUCGGAGAAAAAGUGAAGCAAUUCUUCAAAAGUAAAUCGAAGCAAGCCAAAGAAGAACAAACCGCAAGCACGGAAGACUUGAAUGCGCCCGAUACAGAAUAA